AUGGUUAAACUGUUGUUGAAGGUGUUUCAUACGAGCACAACAGCGAAUUAUGCGAAACAAAUUGAUGGUGUAUGGCACACUGCCAUUGUUGUUCAUGGGAAGGAGUUCUUCUUUGGAGGAGACGGAAUAAAUCACUGUCCUCCUGGUAAUACUAUUUUAGGACCACCAGAUUCAACCGUGGACCUGGGAUCCACUGAAGUGCCGGAGGAAGUCUUUAUGGAGUACUUAAGUUCUCUGGGAGAAUCCACUUUUAGCGGCGACAAAUACCACUUAUUGGACCACAACUGCAACACAUUCAGCAAUGAAGUGGCGCAGUUUCUGACCGGACAGAAAAUCCCGUCUUAUGUAACGGACCUUCCAUCUGAAGUCAUGUCCACGCCGUUCGGGCAGGCUCUCCGUCCUUUCCUGGAGUCUAUGACCAUCAGCCCCGGAGGCAACAACGUCAGAGGUCAGCCAUAG